CUUGUCACACCCAAGAAACUCUCUCCCUCCCUCCCCUCUCCACUGUAUGGCGACGAAUUCUCUAAACCCCCUCCGCCACCACCAUCACAGCCAGCACCACCACCAUCACCACCGCCUCAGACGCCGCCACUCCCUAGACUCCCCGUCCUCUCUCUUCCUCAAGCCUACCACCACCACCACACAAUCUCUCUCCUCCCACUCACUUUCCUCCACCACCACCACCACCUUUUCUCUCUCCCCCACCACCUCCUCCUCCUCCUCCUCCUCCGCCACCGACGCCGCCACCUCCACCACCCCCUCCCCCUCCUCCACCUCCCUCGACCUCCUCGAGCGCCACCUCGCCGCCAAGAACUUCCGGCAGGCCGACGAGGAGACCCGCCGCCUCCUCAUCGCCCUGGCCGGCGACGCUGCCAUCAAGCGCGGCUACGUCUUCUUCUCCGAGGUCCAAUUCAUCGCCGCAGCUGACCUCAAGGCGAUCGACGAGCUGUGGCGUCGCCACAGCGAUGAUCGCUUCGGAUACAGCAUCCAAAAGAGGCUGUGGGAUAAGGCCAGGAGGGACUUUACGAAGUUCUUCAUCAAGGUGGGAUGGAUGAAGAAGCUGGACACGGAGGUUGAGCAGUAUAAUUACAAGUCAUUCCCAACUGAGUUCAUGUGGGAGUUAAAGGAGGACACUCCCGAGGGUCAUUUGCCACUCACCAAUGCCCUGAGAGGGACUCAGUUGCUCAACUGCAUUCUCACUCACCCUGCUUUCGCUGACAUAGAAGAUGAAGAAGAAGAAGAAGAAAAGGCGCAAGAACAAACUGAUCCAGCAAUCAAGAACGGCGGGUAUGCCUCCUCAAAGCCACAACCCAAAAGGGUGUUCAAAACAGACUACAGCUUCUGAUCUUGUUUCAGGAUUAUUGUUAAUGAUGAAUCAAUCUUGAUGAAAUCAGCACACACAUAAUUGGUUAAUUGUUGAUUGGUCUUUUAUUUUCUGAAUAUUCUGCCUUCUUUUUCCCUUUUUUGGGGUUUUCCAUCAUUUAUGACAACAUCAUUGGCAUGGCCAUGUUGCCAUCUGAGUUAGGCCAAGUGGGUGGGUGAUAUGGAAGACCGAUAUUGUCUGUUCCAAAUGGGGAACGAACAUUGUUACAGAAAAAAGAGCAUGGGGACAAGUGAAUGGUGAGAAUGAAAUGUAAUUAAGUGGGUUUUUGUAUGGGACAAUGGGGACAAAGGCAGGGGCCAGACAUUUUGUUCUUUUCACUGUCUUCUUUGACAAGGUUAAUAAUUAAUAUCAACACUACCUGGGUUUGGUUUUUUAAA